UAAAGGUAGAAGUCCAGAGUGCAACUGCUCCGCAGAGCAAAGGGAUUUUAUUUUCGUUGUGAGUUCCAUUUCUAUUAAGUAUCGUCUGAAGACUAAAAAAAUCUGACAAGAAGUGCGCUCUAUUUUUACAUUUCGCACAUGAUAUUUCUCUUCUUGUUUUGGGAUACAAUACAUUUCCCCUCUAUAUUGGAUAUCUGGCGCUGUCUGCUAAAAUUUCAUAGCAGACGAAGAAAUACUUCCCAGAAUGGCUCGUUUGUUAUUAACGUGUUUUUUGGUGUUGAUAUCAACGCAACUGGUCGAGUCGUCCGGUGUGUUUGAGUUGAAAGUACACUCCUUCAGUAGUACACGUAGUGUCUGUAAACAGUCUAGGGACUGCCAGAUAUUCUUCCGAGUCUGCCUUAAACAUUCCCAAGAUGUCAUCUCACCUGAGCCCCCCUGCACUUAUGGCAUGGGACUGACCGAAAUCUUCAGUGUCGACCCGAGCUCCAUCUCCAGUAGCGCACCCAUCAGAGUGCCUUUCCAUUUCAAGUGGCCGGGUACAUUCUCGCUCAUUGUUGAAGCCUGGAACGCAGAGUCCUCCGACGGCCAGUCCACAGAAAACCAGAAUAACUUGAUCAGCCGCUUGGCCACCCGUAGACGACUCGACGUUGGCGAGGAUUGGUCACAGGAUGUGCAUUUUGAAGAGCAAAGUGAACUUCGUUUUUCUUACCACGUUGUCUGUGAUGAACAUUACCACGGUGACAGCUGCUCAGACUACUGCCGUCCCCGUGACGACCCAUUCGGACACUAUACUUGUGAUGCCGCGGGCACCAGAAUGUGCCUGUCGGGUUGGAAAGGAGAAUACUGCUCAGAACCCAUCUGCUGGUCUGGCUGUAGUGAGAAGCAUGGUUAUUGUGAGGCCCCUGGCGAGUGCAAGUGCCGCCUCGGGUGGCAGGGACCCCUCUGUGACGAGUGUGUCCGCUAUCCUGGCUGCUUGCAUGGCACCUGCGGCCAGCCUUGGCAGUGCGACUGUAAAGAGGGCUGGGGAGGACUGUUCUGCAACCAGGACCUCAACUACUGCACCAACCACAAGCCCUGCAUGAACGAUGCGCCCUGCACCAACACAGGCCAGGGCAGCUACACCUGUACCUGCAGGCCGGGCUUCAGUGGCAACAAUUGUGAGAUCGAAACCAACGAGUGUGACAGCAACCCCUGCAAGAACGGAGGCAGCUGCAAUGAUCGGGAGAAUGACUACACCUGCACCUGCCCCCAAGGCUUCUACGGGAAGAACUGUGAGAUCAGUGCGAUGACCUGUGCCGACGGGCCCUGCUUCAACGGUGGCACCUGCAUGGAGCAGGUGACCGGCGGUUACUCCUGCCGCUGUCCUGCCGGCUACAUGGGUUCCAACUGCGAGAAGAAGAUUGACCGCUGCAGCAACAACCCCUGUGCUAACGGUGGCCAGUGCCUGGAUCUGGGCCACAGCUUAAUGUGCCGUUGUCGUCCUGGCUUCACUGGGCCGCGCUGCGAGAUCAACAUCGAUGACUGCGCCCGCAACCCCUGCCACAACGCCGGGACCUGCGUGGACGGCGUCAACGACUUUACCUGCACCUGCACCCUGGGCUUCACCAGGAAGGACUGCAGCGUCCGCGCCGAUGCCUGCUCCAUCUUCCCCUGCCAGAAUGGAGGCACCUGCUACACACACUUCUCCGGACCUGUGUGCCAGUGCCCGGCCGGCUUCAUGGGCUCCCGAUGUGAGUUUAGCCUCAAACCCACCGCCAAGCCCAAGGCUGACGGCUUACCCGCAGUCCUGGUUGUCUCCUUCGCCCUGGGCCUGGUCACCCUCACCCUGGUGGUGUGUGCUGCCAUCGUGGUCCUAAGCCAGAUAAGGCGCGGGCGGAAGGCCAUGGCGUCUUCUGUCCGUAACGACCUGGAGACGGUCAACAACCGUCCCAUAGGUGGUUCCAACCCCUUGUCCAGCCUCCGAGAGAAGGAAGCCUUCCUCAUCCCUGGCGGCCAUUACAAGGUGUCCAAUAAGGACGCAGCACUGACCUCUGGCUCCACAGACAAAAACGGAGGCAAGGCCUACAAGCAGAAGAUGAUUGACUACAACUUGGCCAAGGAGGAGGACCGUCAUGCCAAGAACAAAUUUGACCAGAAAUCAGAAGGCAGCAUAAUGGUUCCACCAAUGAGCUUCCCUAAAGAAGGCUUGUACCACCCAGUUUUCAUCAUCCAGACAGAACAGCAAGCUGAACAGUGUGUCUUUGCUACUGAGGUUUAACACAGUAUUCUGACACCAAGAGUACGGUGACCAACAAGGGCUGUGCCUGAUCAUGUUUACAAUCUUUCAAAGACAAUUCAAAGAAUUGAAGAGGAUAUAUUAAAUCAACAUGUAUUAUUUAAUAUUUAUUCAUGCUGCUCAUUAAAAAUGAACUUUUUGACAACAUUGACAAUUUUGGAUACAAUACGUGAAAGGUGGGGGUGGAGAGUAGAAAGAAUGUUCCGGCAUAAUUUGCACUACAUUUUUAAUUCUAAUAUAAUUUGCUUUCUGUUACAUUUUAACAAAAAGAGAACUUUCUUCUGAAGAGUGCCAAGGAUUCACCAAUCACAGAGAAGCAGGACCCUUUUCUCUCCUGAUGCCUUAUCAAAAAGAAAACGACAUCUCAAAUAAUCUAGAGGCCUUUUUUUUUUUACAAA